CGAAAUCGCAGGAGCAGCAUCGUUGACGAUGACACGCUAUAAUUUGUACACUUUUGCAUGCUAAUUUAUUCAGAUCGUUCUGUAACAUAACCUGGAUGCACACGCUUUUGUUUGGAUUUUUAUUCCCUGAAAAAAUGGUAGACUUACAAGGGAAAGAUAAAGGUAAUAUUUCGCUGCCGGAAAAAUUGCAAUCGUACGAGUCAGCCGAGGACCCUAGACAAAAAGGACAGCCAACGAUUAUCAACACGCAAAGAGCAUUUUACGACAUAAAAGUCGCGGAUAUUGAUAAUAAAAUACAUAGGCUGGAGGAUAGGAAUGAAGAGCUGCUGCAAGAUAUUGAGAAUGCGAGCGAAGUUUUCGCGGCAGCGGACGCAGAAACAGCUGAGGAAAUCGAAAAUUUGAAGAAACAACUUACGGCCCAGACAAACUCGUUAGAAAACCUGAAAGAGAGGAUCAGUACGUUGGAACAAAGUCGCGAGGACGACAAACAAUCCUUGGAGCAUAAAAUCAAAUUGUUCGAUGAGAAGUAUAAGAAAAAGAAAGUUGAAUUAGUUUCUCAACUGAAAGUCUUAAACGCUAGGAUAAAUGUAUUGGACGAUUUUAAGAAGGUACAAAAGCCUUUGGGUGAGAAGCUCAAGGAAAAUGAGGAGCUGAUGGUGGAGAAUGAAAAGAAAAUGAAAGAAACUAUGCUGAGUAUUGAUAGAAGGAUCGAAUUCGAUAAAGAAAUACUGAAGAAUGAAAUGUACGAUUGCCUUCUCGAUUUGGCGGCCCAGUUUCAAGUAGAGACUAACAAACACAUAAGUAAGCCAAAUCAGAGGCUAAUGAGAGAGAAUAUUAUGUUGAAGAAUGAAUUGUUAGUAAUCAGUGAUGAGGUGGAUUCGAAAAUGGAAGCACAAGUUGAUCUUAAAAUUAACGUCGUCGAGCACAGAAGAAAAAUUGAUGAGGAGACUUCGUUUUUUCGAAGAAAAUUGGUAAUCGCUAAAGUGCAGGAACAGGUGUUGCAGCAUUUAAAGAAAAAGCUUCAGAAAGCAAAGGAUUUCCUAUCGACUAUUAAUAUACCCGAUCCUGGUGCUGAAGAGAAGUACCUACUGCUGAUAGACAAGGCUCGUGAAGAGGAGCACGAAGCAAAAUUCCAGUUUUCGUCAAUGAAAGCUUUGCUUCAUAAGGAAAGAACGAAACUCACCUAUUCUGGAUACAUACUCAGGAGAUUGGAGUGCAAAAUAAAAGCGCUUGUUGAAACGAUUUAUGAUUUGAAGUAUACCGUAAUAUGUUUGCUCAAGUACCCUUCUGCCCGAAAAGACUUAAUAACGUUGAGCUGCAUUGAAUUGUUUAUAUUCCUCAGAGACAUACUUGUUAAAGGCGAAUCGAAAUUCCGAAGUUAUAUUAUUAGAUCGUCAGAAUCAAUACCCCGAGAAUUAGAAUCUGUCACAGACAUAGCAGUUCCUCCUGAAGGUAUCGAUUUCGAGAUAAAGAUAGAUUUCAAAAAGGAAUCAGUUGAAGGGAGUACAAAGAAAACGGAGGAAAGUACAGACGUGGAGGAGGAAAAAGAAAUAUCUACGGAAAGCGGUAUGACCCCAGAUAUCGAUAUUGGAAAAGAUAUCGGAUCUAUUUUGGAUCUGCAAAUGGACUAUGAAUUGUUCGAAGACGUGGAAUACGAAGGAGAAUCAUUGCUAGACGUGAUUGACGAAUAAUAUUUAUUUACAAAGUCCUUAUAUCGCUACUUACAGAUCUAAAUUAUUUUACAUUAGGCAGCACGAUCUUAUGGUCCGGCUUUAUAAAACGCUUGACUUUCGGUUUGUCUCGCGACCUGUAAACAUAACAAAAUCGAUUAAACGUAAACUCAUUACGCCUUUUA